GGGACCCGAACCGGGGGAGCGAGGCACGAUACACAGACUGAGGUGUGCCGUUUACCGUACUGGAACUGAAGCACUAUGGAGCAGUACACAGCGAAUAGUAACAGUUCCACAGAGCAGAUCGUUGUGCAGGCUGGACAGAUUCAGCAGCAGCAGCAGGGUGGUGUCACUGCUGUCCAGUUGCAGACUGAGGCCCAGGUGGCAUCCGCCUCAGGCCAGCAAGUCCAGACCCUCCAGGUAGUCCAGGGUCAGCCACUAAUGGUACAAGUAAGCGGAGGUCAGCUGAUCACAUCAACUGGCCAGCCGAUCAUGGUGCAGGCUGUGCCCGGGGGUCAGGGCCAGACAAUCAUGCAAGUCCCGGUUUCUGGAACACAGGGACUGCAGCAGAUUCAGUUGGUCCAGCCAGGUCAGAUUCAGAUUCAAGGUGGGCAGGCUGUGCAGGUACAGGGGCAGCAGGGCCAGACCCAGCAGAUCAUUAUACAGCAGCCACAGACUGCAGUUACUGCUGGCCAGACACAGACCCAGCAACAAAUAGCAGUUCAAGGACAACAGGUAGCACAAGCAGCUGAAGGCCAGACCAUAGUCUAUCAGCCAGUUAAUGCUGAUGGAACCAUUCUCCAACAAGUUACAGUCCCUGUUACAGGCAUGAUCACCAUUCCAGCAGCCAGUUUGGCUGGAGCGCAAAUUGUCCAAACGGGAGCCAACACCAAUACAACCAGUAGUGGACAAGGGACUGUCACAGUGACGCUGCCAGUUGCUGGAAAUGUUGUCAAUUCAGGUGGAAUGGUUAUGAUGGUACCGGGAGCUGGGUCAGUACCAGCUAUCCAGAGAAUACCUUUGCCUGGAGCAGAAAUGCUGGAAGAAGAGCCCCUCUAUGUAAAUGCCAAGCAGUAUCACCGGAUCCUUAAGAGGAGGCAGGCACGUGCUAAGCUUGAAGCGGAGGGAAAAAUUCCCAAAGAAAGAAGGAAAUACUUGCAUGAAUCUCGGCAUCGUCAUGCCAUGGCUAGGAAGCGGGGAGAAGGUGGACGUUUCUUCUCACCAAAGGAAAAAGACAGCCCUCAUAUGCAGGAUCCAACUCAGGCCAAUGAAGAAGCAAUGACACAGAUGAUCAGAGUCUCCUAACCACUGCUUAAAGAAAAAAAAUAACUGAGUAGAAUUCCCGUCCCUUCUGCAAGUCUGUCCUACCUUUCCAGUGUAUCAAGCGAGUCUUUCAAUGGGACAAUCGCCGUAUCACAGCCUAUCCUUUUCUACAGAACAAGCACCACAUUUUCAGUAUGUGGUUGAGAUUUUAACUGCAGUUGACUCAACAAAUAGAAACUUAACAACUUUCUUGGUAUACUCUUCCGAUCCAGCACAGGGA